UCUUUUCUGUACCAGGAGGUACAUCAACCCGCGGUGCUGGAGAAGCCAAGAGAAGGGGGAGGAAGGAUCUCUCACCUUCCCCCCAGAUGAGAAGAUCAUGCUAUGGCAGAAUUGGCGACGACGACGGCCAGCAGCAGCAGCAGCAGAGGUGGCAACGGGAGGCACGGGAGCAGCAGCAGCAGCAGCAGUAGUAGCAAUAGCAGCAACAAUCCUGCAGCAGGGGCGGCGGCGGCGGUAGCGGAGGGAGAGGGAGAUGGAGAAGAAAGAGGAGGAAAAAGAGGGGGACAAGGGACAGCGGCGGCUGUGAACCCCCAGGAUGAGGACUACGAGUGCAAGAUCUGCUACAACUACUUCGACUUGGACCGGCGGGCCCCCAAGCUUCUGGAAUGCCUGCACACCUUCUGCCAGGAGUGCCUGAGCCAGCUGCAAAUCCGCGGGGCUGCCCAGCAGGAGCGCGAGCAGCAGCAGCAGCAGCAGCAGCGGCCACCCCCGGCCCCUCCGCCCUGGCGCCCGGGGCCAGCGGCAGCUGCCGAAGCCGGGGCUGGGCCCGCCAGCCCCGGUCCUAGCUCCUCGGGCCUCGGGGGUAUUGCCUGCCCGGUGUGCCGCCACCGCACGGCCCUGCCCGACAGUCGCGUGCACAGCUUGCCCAACAACACUAAGUUCUCCGAGGCCUUUCCGCUCUAUCUGCGCGCUGCGCAGGAUCCGCUUCCCCAGGACAGCCUCCCCCCGCUGCCACUGCCGCUGCCGCUGCCGCUGCCCCCACCCCGGCGCGCCGGGGGCUCCCAACCGCACCACACCGCGCACGGCCACCCUCACGCCCACCAUCACCAUCACCACCACGCCCAUUCCCACCCGCCCCCACCGCUCGGGCAGCGGGAGGAGCCGGCCGGCGGGGCGGCCGCGGCUCCAGCGUCCGUUCCGGCCCCGGCCCAGGCCCCGGUGCCCCUCGGCCGCGGUGGCCUGGGUUCCUCUGCCGGGCCCGCGGGAGGAGGCGGAUACGAAAGCUGCCAGAACUGCAAGCGGGCAGCGCUGACGGCGGGCUGCGUGUGCGUGGUCUUCUCCUUCCUUUCCAUGGUGGUGCUGCUCUUCACCGGCCUCAUCUUCGUGAACCACUACGGCGGGGGUGGAGGCGGGAGUGGCGUGCCCGGGACAGCCCCUGGCACCACACCAGGAGGCUCGCCGUCGCCGUCGCCCGUGGGGCCCAUCUGCCUCUCGGUGGCCAGCAUCCUGGCCUUGUUCUCUGUCGUGGUCACCUGGGUCAUCUGCUGGCUCAAGUACCGGCCCGAAGGGGCGGCCGGGGGCUCGGCGGCAGCCGCCACUGCUGGGGGCGGGGGCAGCGGUGGAGCUGGGGGGGGAGGAGGAGGAGGAGGAGGAGGCGCUGUCCCCCGGGGCCGGGCUGCGGCCACUGCUGGUAGCCGGAGGAACAACACGUAA